UCAUAUUAUGAUAAAAGAUUAAAUACACAAAUAUGUUGUGAAUACUAUCUCAUUAUUUAAUAAAAAUAAAGUGAAGUUGCGUGCAAACAAUUGUCAUAUUACCUGUCACUUUUGUUAAUAAACAAAAUGUUUUAGUACAAAUUUAUAAUUAAUUUACAACAAAGAUGUACCAAACAACUAAACAAGUAACCAACUAACAGAAACAAUGUUUCACAAAGCUGAUAACCAAAAAGACAGCUUCUUAGAACAGACAAAAGCAGCGCGAGAAGAACGAGCCUUAGAAAAAAAGAAAGAGAAUGGUGCUGUUUUAAUACAAUCAGCUAUCCGAGGAUGGCUUCAAAGAAGACGAUUUUCUUUGUUGAUUACGGAUGAAUUCGAUGGCACCCUUCCUGAUUUCAGUCCAAGAACCAACGAAAUUGACGAGGAGCCUGCAGGCAACAAGCCUCAGCUGAAGCCUAACUUGCAGGUAUACCUGCAAGUGAAAAGGUUGCUUUUGGUGUUCAACAAAGAUCGAGAUAAGGAAAGGUUUUUCAAACUGUGCCACUACUUAGUUGCAAGUCUAGAAAGUGAAUCGCUCAAGCUGAACUAUGUAGGCGUCGCUUUCAACAAAGAACAUGUUAUAUCAUGGAUAUCACACAUGAAACACAUUCUGUGGAUCUGCAUGGAAUAUUUAAAUGAUCUCAAGCCUGAAAUUUCUAGUGAUUAUUCCCGAAUUGUCCUGCUUUUACAUGUACUUGUCUCUUACACAAGCACAAACCAAUGGGGCAUAUUCACUAAAAGGAAAGACAUGGAAGUACUUAGACCAGGCAUGAAUCAAAUGUGCUGCAACAUCAUGGGUGAAUUGUUCCAAAAGGGUUAUUACAGGAUCAUUAAGCAGGUGCUGUUGAAAGGGUUGUGCAGGAACAGGGUUCCUUUUACUCAUGCUGCCUUGGCGGCUGUUCUCAGUUUGUCACUCAGGCCUUUGGUGGCAGCCAAUUUUUCUGAUAAACUUAUGACGAUGUAUUUGAUUCACAUACUCUCAACUCCUGGUUUGAUUAAGUACUGUUGUCAGUUAUCUGAUGAGUCAAUAACACAAAUGAAGUCUAAUAAGAUUUUCGCCAGAAGUUUAGAAUUAUUGUCCAGCCAACAAUCAAUGAGAAUAGUCUUCAACACUCUGGAAGGAAAUUAUGCUCUGUGCCUUUUAGCUAACUUGCUCCAAUUGGGAAUGUUCGAAAAGGACACAGCUCUAAAAGACAUGAGCUUCCCAACAUUCACAGUUGUGGUGACCGGUUUGUUGGAAAGCUGCCAAAACUACGUGGUAACGAAACAGUCGAAUACGACACAUUGGCACGAAGUCCUGGGAUGGUUCGCACAGCCGAUUGAUCAAUAUUUGCAAGCAUCCAUGAACCACAUCAAAGAACAACUGAGCCUGCUGUGGAACAACGACAUGAUACAAAUCAUCUUGGGCAACUAUUUGUCCGAGCUGGUUGCGGGCAGUGAACCACCACAGCCUACACUCAGCCCUACCAAUCCCAACAACCCGUUCCUGAACACCGGCAUUUUUAAAAAAGUGCUGGAGGCGCGUAGCAAUCGAAACAACGUGCAGCGCAACUGGCGGGCCCUGGGAAGCCCCGAGGUGCACAGAAUCGUUUUGAUCUGUUCACUUUAUCACACAGCUUUGAACACAUUGACCCAACUGCAGUUGGAUAUCCUCACGGGGCUUUGUUACCAAAAUAAUAUUUUGUAUGAUUUGUGGCUGUUCAUAUGUUCCUUGGGGCCGAACUGUGGACUCCGAACAUUUCUUGAUCAUCUGGCUUUUAAUACCAAAGGCACGGCGCCUGAGUUUCAGCUGUUGCAACUUUUUUGUGACUGUAUGAGGCACUACGUUACGAUUUUGGAUGACAUGGAGAUGUACGAACAACAAAAACUGUUCCAUCUCUCGGACUUCGUCGUGAUGUCGCACUUCAUCAACACGUUUUUGUACAAGGCAGUUUUGGGCAACCUUUUUGAUUUGAAGACGAUACAAAGCAACAGCCUGUUCCAAAGCCUCCAUACACUUCUGAUGUUGCUCUAUCGGCGAGACUGCCGCCGAAAUUACACCCCUCCGAAUCAUUGGCUGGUCAGGGAUAUUAAAGUGUCCGGGUUUAUCGCUGACUUAGAAAAAGGUCGAAGGGCCCCGCACCUCCUUCUCCAGUACAUGCCACAUAUCAUACCACACGAAGAUCGCGUCCGGUUGUUCCGGAAGUACAUUACGAACGAGAAAACCGUACUCGGUCUCACUGAAUCCGCAUGCGCAUCUCCACAAUCGACUCUAAUAACCGUUCACAGGUCGAGGAUCGUGGAGGACGGCUACAGGCAACUAGCCUUGCUCCCGCCGCAAGCUUUGAAGGGUGUGAUCAGGGUUAGGUUUAUAAAUGAGCAAGGUUUGGACGAGGCCGGCAUCGACCAGGAUGGGGUUUUCAAGGAGUUUCUGGAGGAGAGCAUCAAACGGGUGUUCGAUCCGGCUUUAAAUUUGUUCAAGGUGACGAGCGAGGAACGAUUGUAUCCGUCUCCGACGUCUUAUCUUCAGGACAACCAUUUGCAGUUGUUCGAGUUUGUGGGAAGGAUGCUGGGCAAAGCUGUGUACGAGGGGAUCGUGGUGGAUGUUCCUUUCGCCUCGUUCUUCCUCAGCAUGGUUUCUGGUCAGACGGCUGUGGCGUUUUACAGCUGCGUAGACGAAUUACCCAGUUUAGAUCCUGAUUUGUACAGAAGUUUGAGUUAUAUUAAACACUACGAUGGCGACGUGUCCAAGUUGGAUUUGACUUUUAGCUCAGAUGAGGACAGAAUGGGUAAAGUGGUUACCCACGAAUUGACGCCAGGUGGGAGAGCCAUUCCGGUUACAAACGAAAAUAAGAUAAGUUACAUUCAUAAAAUGGCAAGAUUUCGCAUGCAUAAACAAAUAAAAGAGCAAACUGCUGCUUUCAUUCGGGGAUUUAGGUCUAUAAUUAACCCUGAUUGGCUAACUUUGUUUUCAACUCCAGAAUUACAAAGAUUGAUAUCGGGCGACAACGUACCGUUAGAUUUGAAAGAUUUACGGAAACACACCCAGUAUUAUGGUGGCUUUCAUGAUUCCCACAGGGUUGUGGGUUGGUUGUGGGAAAUUUUGGAGAAGGAUUUCACCGAGGACGAAAAAGGAAUGUUCCUUAAGUUUGUUACAAGUUGUUCCAAACCUCCACUACUCGGCUUCGCUCAUUUAGAACCGCCGUUUUCAAUCAGAUGUGUGGAAGUGGGUGAUGAUGAGGACAUGGGUGAUACAAUAGCAAGUGUUUUUCGAGGAUUUUUCACUAUUCGGAAAAAAGAUCCCCAGAACCGUUUGCCGACGUCGUCCACAUGCUUUAACCUGUUGAAACUGCCAAACUACCAGAAGAAAAGUACCCUACGAGAAAAAUUAAGAUACGCCGUCACAUGCAACACCGGCUUUGAACUUUCGUAAAAAGACUAUGAGAAACGAAAAAUGCAUUUUACUGGUUGUAAUUCGACACGAGAUUAUAAUUCUUUGUACACAAGUUUUAUUGUUGUCACACAAGUUUCUUUUUAGACUGUUUAGAUCUCACGAAAGUUUAAGCUGGGAGAGUUUUUACUGGACGUGGCUGCAACGAUCAUAUUUAAUUAGGUGUAUGGUAUAUGUAAGAAAUUAAACAAAUAAUAAUGACCGUGCUUAUGUUGUAAAUAAUACCACGUAAUUUGUAAAAUGCAUUUUUUGGACUUGUUUAGUAUUAUAUAAUGGAAUUGAUGUGUACUCCAUAUCAGAUGUAUUAAACGGGACAUAUUAAAAUUAGUUUUUUAUCUGCCGAAUAAAAUUUUCACUAUAUUUGUAUUGUGCAAUGAGCGAAUGGAGUAAACGAGAGGAGAUUGUAAAAAUUGUAAGAAUUUCAUAAUAUUUACAUGUAUGGAACCCACCUUAUAUAGUUGUGAUUAUUCAUUAUUUAAUUUAUAAUGUAUAUUUUUAUUGUUUAGCAAAUAUAUUAUAUUUAUUUUAAA